GGGGUCUAGCUCCAGGCCCCCUUCAAAAGUUUUUCAACUUGACCAGAAAGCCCCCAGGGAUCUGCUUCCUCUUCUUGGAACAUAGAUACCUAGACCUAACUCUGAGUUACUUGGAGACCCAGGCGUCCGGGCCCCUAACAACAACUUCAGAACCUUUGACCAAAUAAGGGCAAAGUUGCUUCUCCUGCUUUGCCCGCCCCCUCCCUUCCCCUCUUCGCUUCUGCUUUUCCUGAAGGAGACUUUUGAGCAUCCAAAGGCUCCCCACUCCAUUCCACUCCACUCUCUUCACUAACUUUUGACCCCCUUUAUUUCCUGGCUUUGCUUUCCCUCUCAAACGAGAUCUAAGUUUCCAGAGCCAUUCUGUAGGUUUGAGGAUCGUGAUCUUUUCUGCACUAACUUCCAACAGUCCUAAGAAGAGCUCAUAUUUCAUGGAUGUGUACAAAGCACGUAACAUACACAUUUUUCCUCUUCAGGGCGGUUCUAGCUCCCCUGAGAAGUGGAAUGCAGCCAGCUGAGGUUGGUGUCCUGGUUGGCAAAGACCGGGCAAGCUUUUUCGUGAAUGGGCUGACACUUGGGGGCCAGAAAUGUUCUGUGAUCCGGGACUCGCUGCUGCAAGAUGGGGAAUUUACCAUGGAUCUUCGUACCAAGAGCACCGGCGGAUCCCCCACCUUCAACGUCACUGUCACCAUGACUGCCAAGACGCUAGUCCUGCUGAUGGGCAAAGAAGGUGUCCACGGUGGUACAGUCAACAAGAAAUGUUAUGAAAUUGCCUCCCACCUGCGGCGUUCCCAGUACUGACCUCAUCUUUCCUUCCCCACCCCACUCCCCACUGCUUUUGCACCCUUCUCCUUCCCAUACACACACAUACACCAUUUUUAUUUUUUUGGGCCAUUACCCCACACCCCUUAUUGCUGCCAAAA